AGGUUACUUGGCUGGGAGUUGUCAGACCUCCAGUUUCUGUCCUGCCCUCAGCCUCCAAUCCUUAAGAGACAUCCAGCCCCAGCAAUUGGAUUGGGCAGCCCGUCUUGACACACCACUGUGCUGAGUGCUUGAGGACGUGUUUCAACAGAUGGUUGGGGUUAGUGUGUGUCAUCACAUUCGAGUGGGGAUUAAGAGAAGGAAGGCUGCCUCGCCUGAGCUGUGUGGUCUUCUCCAAGUGAGAGUUGCAGGCAAUACAGCUACUUUGCUUUGGGGAGAAGAGGAGGAAUUCAUUUUCUGCAGCCAGAAGAAAAGCAGUUUUUUUUUCAGGUGCUGACGACCAGCUGUCAUCAUCUGAAGAAGAUGAACUUGACCAAUAACAUGUAGAUUCCCCAACGCAGAAUAAUUGCAGAAAAUCUUCAAAGGACCCUCACCUGCAGAUAUUCUGAACACCUCUGAAUGUAGAAACUGAGAAUUCAACCAGGAAACCUAACUCAAGACCUUCAGAGACUAAGGAGCCUGGGACAUCGUGUCAGUUGUGACAUUGGACCAAAUACAAUGAAGUAUUCUUGCUGUGCUCUGGUCUUGAUUGUCCUGGGCACAGAACUGCUGGGAAGCCUGUGUUUGACUGUCAGAUCCCCGAGGUUCCGAGGGCGGAUCCAGCCGGAACGGAAGAAUAUUCGACCCAACAUUAUCCUCGUGCUGACGGACGAUCAGGAUGUGGAGCUGGGGUCCCUGCAGGUCAUGAACAAAACGAGAAGGAUUAUGGAGCAUGGAGGGGCCACCUUCACCAAUGCCUUUGUGACCACGCCCAUGUGCUGCCCAUCCCGAUCCUCCAUGCUCACUGGGAAGUAUGUGCACAACCACAAUGUCUACACCAACAACGAGAACUGUUCCUCCCCAUCCUGGCAGGCAAUGCAUGAACCUCGGACUUUUGCUGUGUAUCUUAACAACACUGGCUACAGAACAGCAUUUUUUGGAAAAUACCUCAAUGAAUACAAUGGCAGCUAUAUCCCUCCUGGGUGGCGAGAGUGGCUCGGAUUAAUCAAGAAUUCUCGUUUCUAUAAUUACACUGUUUGUCGCAAUGGCAUCAAAGAAAAGCAUGGAUUUGAUUAUGCAAAGGACUACUUCACAGACUUAAUCACUAACGAGAGCAUUAAUUACUUCAAAAUGUCUAAGAGAAUGUAUCCCCAUAGGCCCAUUAUGAUGGUGAUCAGCCACGCUGCACCCCACGGUCCCGAGGACUCAGCCCCACAGUUUUCAAAACUGUACCCCAAUGCUUCCCAACACAUAACUCCUAGUUAUAACUACGCACCCAACAUGGAUAAACACUGGAUCAUGCAAUACACCGGACCCAUGCUCCCCAUCCACAUGGAAUUUACAAAUGUUCUACAGCGCAAAAGGCUGCAGACGCUGAUGUCAGUGGAUGAUUCUGUGGAAAGGCUGUACAAUAUGCUUGUGGAAACGGGGGAACUAGAGAAUACUUACAUUAUUUACACUGCUGACCAUGGCUACCAUAUUGGACAGUUUGGACUGGUCAAGGGCAAGUCCAUGCCUUAUGACUUUGAUAUCCGUGUCCCUUUCUUUAUUCGUGGGCCAAGUGUGGAGCCAGGAUCAAUAGUUCCACAGAUUGUUCUGAACAUUGACCUGGCCCCUACAAUCCUGGAUAUCGCUGGACUCGACACGCCUCCUGACGUGGACGGCAAGUCUGUCCUCAAACUCCUGGACCUGGAAAAGCCAGGUAACAGGUUUCGAACAAACAAGAAGGCCAAAAUUUGGCGCGAUACAUUCCUAGUGGAAAGAGGCAAAUUUCUACGUAAGAAGGAGGAAGCCAGCAAGAAUAUCCAACAGUCAAAUCACUUGCCCAAAUAUGAGCGGGUCAAAGAACUCUGCCAGCAGGCAAGGUACCAGACAGCCUGCGAACAACCUGGACAGAAGUGGCAGUGCAUUGAGGAUACAUCAGGCAAGCUUCGGAUUCACAAGUGCAAAGGCUCCAGCGACCUGCUCACCAUUCGGCAAAGCACUCGAAACCUCUACUCUCGAGGCUUCCAUGACAAAGACAGAGAGUGCACGUGUGGAGAACAAGGCUACCGGGCCAGUCGGGCGCAAAGGAAGGGCCAGCGGCAGUUCCUGAGAAACCUGGGCACUCCCAAGUACAAGCCCAGGUUCGUCCAUACGCGGCAGACUCGUUCCUUGUCCGUUGAAUUCGAAGGUGAAAUCUAUGACAUAAACCUAGAGGAAGAAGAAUUGCAAGUGUUGCAACCAAGAACCGUCGCCAAGCGGCAUGACGAAGGCCACAAGGGGCCAGGAGGUCUCCGAGCAGCCAGCGGUGGGAACAUGGGCGGGAUGCCGGUGGACACCAAUGCUGUGGCUCUGCCUGCCACUGUCCGGGUGACACACAAAUGUUUUAUUCUUCCAAAUGAUACCAUUCAUUGCGAGCGAGAACUGUACCAAUCAGCCCGAGCCUGGAAGGACCAUAAGGCCUACAUUGACAAAGAGAUUGAAGCUCUUCAAGAUAAAAUUAAGAAUUUAAGAGAAGUGAGGGGACAUCUGAAGAGGCGAAAGCCAGAAGAAUGUAGCUGCAGCAAGCAGACUUACUAUAAUAAAGAGAAAGGUGUGAAAAAGCAAGAGAAAUUAAAAAGCCAUCUUCAUCCAUUCAAGGAGGCUGCUCAGGAAGUGGACAGCAAACUUCAGCUUUUCAAGGAGAACCGCAGGAGGAAGAAGGAGAGGAAGGAAAAGAAACGGCAGAGAAAGGGUGACGAAUGCAGCCUUCCAGGUCUCACCUGCUUCACGCAUGACAACAACCACUGGCAGACGGCCCCCUUCUGGAACUUGGGAUCCUUCUGUGCUUGCACAAGUUCUAACAACAACACCUAUUGGUGCUUGCGAACAGUUAAUGAGACACACAAUUUUCUUUUCUGUGAGUUUGCUACUGGCUUUUUGGAGUAUUUUGAUAUGAACACAGAUCCUUAUCAGCUCACAAACACAGUCCACACGGUGGAGCGAGGUAUUUUGAAUCAGCUGCACAUACAGUUGAUGGAACUCAGAAGCUGCCAAGGUUAUAAGCAGUGCAACCCAAGACCUAAGAGUGUUGAAGUUGGAAAUAAAGAAGGAGGAAGCUAUGAUCUACACAGGCUGUUGCUGUUGUUGUUACCUGACAUACAUAACCCACAACUAUCUUCUCUGGAUAAAAGAUUUGAGAAUGACCCAAGAAUAAGGUUACAGACAGACAGAAAGCACGACAUGCAAGUGGAGAAUUUAGGUUCCAAUGUCCAGAUACUUUCCUAA